UGGCAUCGCAUAGCACCGGCGAUAUAAAACAGUCGGCGAAUCGGCACUAAAGUAUCAGUCCAUAACUGUUCCAGCUAAAUCACAACAACUCCAACAUGAAGUUCUUCAUCAUCGCUGCCCUCGUCGCCGUCGCUGCCGCCGCUGACUACGCCCCCAAGUACCAGGCUCCUAAAUACGAGAAAGCCACUUACACCCCGGCGUACGCACCCAAAUACGAAGCCAAAUACGAGGAAGUUACCUAUGCCCCCCAGCCUUACAGCUUCGAAUACGACGUCCAGGAUAAGGAAUCUUACAAUGAUUUCCUCCACUCUGAGAAAUCCGACUACAACGUCGUCACCGGAUCUUACCGCGUUGCUCUCCCCGAUGGCCGCACCCAAAUCGUCACCUACAAGGCCGAUAAGGACGGAUACAACGCCGAUGUGAAAUACGAAGGAGAGGCCAAAUACCCCGAGUACGUCGAGAAGCAAUACAAGGCAGCUUCCUACCCCGCUCCGGCUUACUCUGCCCCUGCCUACAAGGCCCCUGAAUACAAAGCCCCCGCUUACACUGCCCCAGCCUACAAAGCCCCAGCCUACACCGCUCCAGCCUACAAGGCCCCAGCAUACAAGGCUCCUGAAUACAAAGCCCCAGCCUACGUUGCUCCCGUCUACUCUGCCCCAGCCUACAAGGCCCCCGAGUACAAAGCCCCCGCUCCCGCCUAUUUGGCCCCCCUCUACAGAGCCCCAGCUUACCCCGCCGCUUCAUCAUAUAGAGCCCCCGCUGUUGCCUACCCCAAAUACUAAAUUAUUUGAAAUGUUAUUUGCCAAUAAGCCAUAAUUAUAAUUAUAAAGAAAGAAUAUGAUUCGUAUUGA